CGACACCUUUGAGAUUUUUUUAUAAAUAAAAUUUAAUUGGUGUGAUUAUGUCAAUAACUCUUAGUUCCCAGGGGAUAGACAGAGAUUGGAUUGGGGAGAGUAGGAGUAGACAGGCCGUGGAAGAUGCAGAUGAUGGGAAUGUGUUCAACUUCAUUUUCUAAUUCAACAUUUCUCUUAACUUCUCUUCGCUAUGGCAGCAGCAGCAGCAGCUACCACAGUCAUAACCAAAAGAAUAACACCACUUUCUUUCUCUCUUUCCCUUUCAACAGAACCCUUCCCUCUUCUUCCUUGCCUCCACUUUCCCAAGCAACUCAUUUCACUUCUCUUUCUGUUUUUCCCACUAUAAAUUCUAAUAGGUUGCAGGCUUCUGCUUUUAAUAAAGGAAGAAAGGUAAGCACUACCGUCUUCGAAAUGGACGGUUCUGAUGACGACGACGAUGAAUUCUUUGAUUUUGAUGAUGAAUUUGACGGUGGUGAUGACGACGAAGAUGAGGGUAUGCUUUCCCCGCUUGGGAAAAUGAGCAAGUGGUUUGAGAACAAGCCAUGUGGGUUCGGUGAAGGGAAAGUAUACGAUACUACUAUUGAAGACAAGCUGCUUGAAGAAAUAGAGCAAAGCAGGCAAGCACAAAUUGUUAAUGUCAAUAAUCUCAAAAGCAAUCCUGCCAAGUCUGGUUCCAAGAAAAAUGAUCGACAAAACAAAAAAGCUGAAGUUGUUCCAAGUGGAAUUCGUGUGAGGGUGGGCAACCUUCCUAAGAAAAAGAAUAUUCACAGGGAUUUGAAAGCUGCUUUCGAUGGGGUUUCUGGAAUAAUUAAUAUAUCUCCAGCUGUUUCUGGGAAUAAGAAGACUAAAGACCAUGUUUGCAAGGGUUUUGCCUUUGUUGAUUUCAAGCUUGAGGUGGAUGCAACUAGGUUUGUGCAAAAUUUCUCUGGACAAUAUCUCACCUUUGGUAAGAUUCAGAAGCAAAUAAAAUGUGAGAUGAUGAGUUCGCAUUCCCACAAUCCUGCUCAUGAACGACUGAUUGACAAUGAUCACAUGAUGCAUGAAAUGGCAGUUUCUGGCUGGGUAGACAGUCCAAAUGCUGAUUUUGAUAUGAAUAACAGUUCCUCAAAUUUAUCGUUGGAAAGUGUAUCUGAUAAAAUUGAUGAUCAGGAUGACGAGUUUGAUGGAGUAGAACUUAGAGAAGGUAGAGACAAUCUUAGUGUUAUUAGUAAAUCAGAGCCAAGUAAUGGUGAUGACAUGGAACGAACAUUUAAGCACGCAGAAGAUUCAAUUUCCUCAAAUCGGCUAGAAAGAAUUAGGGCUUUGGAGAAAAAGCUACUUGGUAGAGGAAAACAACAAAGAGUUCCGAAAGAGCCAAAGGAUCAAAAGCUAGAAAGAAUUAGAUCUAUUGAGAAGAAGGUACUUGCUAAAGGAAACCAGCAAAAGGUUCCAAAAGAACAAAAGGUUCAAAAGCUUGAUAUUCCAGGAUCUGCAAAAAGGUUAAAGAUUAAGGAAAAAGCUCUGCUAACGGGAGUCUUCUCCAAAUAUCGGUUUAAAACUGCUUUGACUUCCAAGGAAGAGUCCUAAUAAUGUGUAGAUUGUUUGAUAUGGCAUGUUAACAGCAGCUCAGUUGACUCUGAAAUUUGCCAGACUGGUAACAAAUGGCCUAUAUUUUGGUUUUAUUAAAAAACCUUAUUUCAAGAGAUUAUUGUGGGAAGGCAGUGAAUGCCUCUAGAGAACUCUUUACGGCAUAUUAUUUUCUUUGCCAUAAGAUUACUGUUGGUUGUUAUUUUGCAUCUCUGUUCACCAGGCAAGCUAUUCCAUUUUAUACAAGUAUAGAAAGAUUAGGUUGAAUAUUUGGUCCUGGUUUUAUAGGAAUUCCAUAUUGUUGAUUUCCUUUUUAGGAGUCAUUUGAUUCGAGGAAAUUUAAUUUGUUUUCGAAAUCUU